CGUCGAGUCUACCGGAAAUUGAGAACGACGCAGAAGAAGAAGAAAGUCACAAGCGCCAAGUGCACAACAAGAAGAAACGUGACGUCGAAGUUUACAUGCUGCACGCGGAGGAGAGGGCUUGGCGCCGCUCGCCGAAGGCUCGAGCCUGCCUGCAGCUGGUAAAGGACUUGAGACGGAAGACUCCACUUCACUUCGAUAUUCAUUCUCCAUACGGGUCAGUUGAGUAUUGUUCGAAGCGGAAAAGCCUCAUGUAUUCCACUCGCUCCUCUAAACUCCGAAAGUCCUCCAAGAAAGCCCAGAAGAGUCCCAGCUGGGGGGAAGACGUUAUCCAGCGCAGGACGAAGGGCAGCAGAUGGACGGGGCAGAGGGAGGCACGGCCUGCUGACGCCAUGGUCAUCUCAGAUGACGGGACAGACCAUGACCUCAUCGACCUCAUAGAUGCUGAACAAGAUGCAGAACAUGGGUUCCAGGAAGAUGAAGGAAAACCGAUUGAAGUAGCAGAUGAAUCAGUGUCUAAGUCAGAGGAUGGAGACAAUGACUCUGUUUCUGGCCACUCGUUCUGCAGCACUGCCUCUGGUCCUUCUUUGCUGCAUGCAGACAGUCUCGUGAAGCAGAGCUCGCCACAGGGCUGGUGCUCAGGCUGUCGCAAGCUCUACCAAAAGGCAAAAAAGAUGACAACACCACUCAAAGACAAACUGUUAGACAAUGAUCCCACCUCCUUGACCUGUGACCAGUGGGUGCUGAUGAAGACGUGGAGACCAAGAAGAAAGCGUAAUGUCAAAGGGAAGCUUUGGACCCAUUUACGGCAGCUUAAACAACUCGGUGAAAAGCGACCUGUGUGGUGUGUGGGAGGGAGAGAGCAGUCAGCCUGCUCGAGGCCACACACGUUCCUCCAGAGGAACCUUAGGCAGUGUGUCUGUGUGCCAGUGAAAAGCAAGAGGAAGACAAGGGGGAAGAGGAAGAGGACAAGAGAUCAUGCCCUGGGGCCACGCCUCACAAAACAGAAACGUCUCCACAGCAGCAGUCUUCAACAACACACUGAGAGCAAAAGUGCCCACAAUGCUACUGUCAGUCUUUGCCCAAGCAGUGCCAGCAGCAGCAGUCCUGUUUCCAGUGAUGAUAAAACUGACACACAUGACGUCAUCGAGGUGGUUCCCACCGCAGUCACUAUGGACACCAGCCCGCCAGCAAAGGCCUCGGCUCCACAUGUGGUGCGAAAGGUACGAGGUGGUUUCAGAGACUUGCUUGCCCAACUCCGUGGCAACAGCAGCGUGGUCAUUAGGGAGACGCGUUAGUGAUGUGACGUUUACCAUCUAUUUGUUUGUUUCUACCUUUGUGCAAUCUUUGACGUAGCUUUAUUUAAAUUCUCAGUUUCCAGUGUUGAGGUUUGUUCUCAGUGUUGAGAAUUAACCUGGUGUAAAUAUUUGGAGCCAUGUCUCUGUUUCAUAAGGGUCUUCAUCUGAGUAGCGAAGUGCUGUUUCAGAAACAUAUUUAGUUCUAUUUAUUUUCUGAAGCCAUAUCUGUAAAGAUGUGAAGGUUCAUACAACAGGGCAAAUGUUAAUAAAUGCAUUGUUUUGUUUUUUAAUGUUGCAGUUCUUAAAGCAUCCCUGUAAUAGGUUGACUUACCAGUUGCCUUCACAGUAGCUAAAUAUUGACCCUCUUUGUAAAUUUAAACCCUGUUUGCCCAGUACUUUAAAUGUGUGAGAAUUCCUGCUGGUGAGAAAUUGGUAGCCAGAAGCGAGUGGGUGCUGUUUGAAGCACAAGGUUUUGUGUGCUAAACUGUUAUUUUUUAACAUUUAGACACAAAAUGGAAUAAACGCACACCUUGAAUGGA